AUGGCAAAACGCACAAUCGAUGCAUUCUUCAAACCAUCAGCCACCCCGCCAAAACGUCCUAAAACCGAACCCACCGAGUCCACCAUCUCAGCCGCAGAGACAAACAAUAUCCCAAUCGAAGAAGCCAAACCCCCAAGCCAACACCCAAGCUACCCAAUCUCAAUCUCAAUCGCCCAACUCCCCUCCCACGUCAAAGUAGGCCUAGAACACGCAACACCAGCAACCUCACCUCGCGAAAUAAACAACCAACCGCAACUUGACCUCCUCUACUUCCAGCCCUACAUCCCCCGUCCAACAGCAAACGAGCUAUUCAAAUUUCUCCGUCACGAACUCCCUUUCUACCGCGUCCAGUACACAGCACGACGCGGCGACAUCGAAACGCAAAUCAACACACCACGAUGGACAACCGUCUUCGGAGUCGAUGAGACAUCAACAUUCAUCCAACAAGGCAACGAUCCGAACAGUCUCGUUCUACUAGAAACAAAGACCAAAACACCAAUCCGGAAAACAAAAUACCAGUGCACCCCACGUCCAAUACCAGCAUGUCUCGAUCUCCUACGGAAACAAGUCGAAGCAGCGAAUGCAACCGCAUCUGCAGCCGCAGAUACUCAAACCCCCGGCUACAAUUUCUGCCUAGUAAAUUACUACGCCAGCGGCGACGACAGCAUCGCAUUCCACUCAGAUGACGAACGCUUCCUCGGCCCCGAUCCGAACAUCGCCUCACUAUCUCUCGGCAGCGAACGGGAUUUCCUAUUGAAGCAUAAGCCUUUCGUGCCCGGAGGUAAUGUGAACCGGACGGCGGGUGGAUGCGUGUCUGGUGCUGCACAUGCAAUGUCCGUUCCGGGUGGUGCCGGUGUGACGCGGAGUGGUACAGUUCGGGGUGGAACCUUGAAUACCGUCUCUCCUGGAUCCAGGCCUGUUACGGUGCCACUGCAGCAGAUUAAGAUGAGUCUUGGGUCAGGCGAUAUGAUUAUUAUGCGUGGGGCGACGCAGUCGAAUUGGUUACAUAGUAUUCCCAAGCGGAAGGGGAAGGGGGAGAUGACGAGGGGACGGAUCAAUAUUACCUUUCGACGGGCUGUUGUUCCUGGUGGGACGAAUAAUUAUUAUCAUUAUAAUGUUGGUAGUGGGGGGAUGUAUCGGUGGGAUGAGGUAGCGAGGGAGAUGGUUCUGCGGGAUGGGAAGGUAGAGGGAGUUACAGGGUAG